AGGGUUUGUGCGCUGAGAUCUAACGUUUCGAUGAUUCGGUUCAAACACAUUUCAAACCAACCUGACGCCCAUGCAUAACCAUGUUAAACUAAAUAACAGCUGUCAAAGUAGCCUAGUAGGCUAAAUUGCUCCAAAGCCCAGUGUGUGUGGCGAUGUCAAAUGAGGCGCUGAUCCUUCAAAACUGAAGCGGCAUCUGGAGACAGACACCCAACUCUGGCUGAUCUGGAAUGCCUAAAGCAGGAUGGAUCCAUUAAGAUAUCUGAGACGUCUUGUCCCAGCUUCCAUUCUCUGGUGGCCACUUUGCUCUCAGGCACUAAACUGGACCCUAUCUGUUAGAUUUGACGGCUCUGAAGGACAGGCAGGCAGGCUGUGAAAAUAUGCCUGAAUGGAGGUCCCGGUGGCGACUCAUCCUGCUGAAUUCUAUGACCUGUGGCUUAGAGAUCUGUGUAGCAGCUGGGAUCACCUAUGUGCCACCACUGCUGCUGGAGGCAGGGGUGGCGGAGCAGUACAUGACUAUGGUUUUAGGUAUUGGACCAGUCCUUGGACUACUAUUCAUCCCACUGAUUGGUUCUGCAAGUGAUCAUUGCAACAGCAGUUAUGGCCGUCGAUGGCCUUUCAUCUGGCUGCUGUCACUGGGUGUGCUGCUUGCCUUGAUCAUUAUCCCACAUGCAGAUGCUCUGGCCGCAUACUUCUGGGGAGGUCAGAUGCUUCAUGUCGGCCUGCUUAUCCUUGGUGUGGGUCUGCUAGAUUUCUGUGGCCAACUGUGCUUCACUCCUCUUGAGGCCCUGCUGUCUGAUCUGUACCAUGACCAGGGGGACUAUAACCAGGCGUUUGCCAUGUUCUCUUUCAUGGUUAGUCUGGGAGGCUGUAUUGGGUAUUUGCUCCCUGCUCUGGAUUGGAGUGGAAGUCUGCUGUCAAUUUACCUUGGGGGGCAGGCCGAGUGCCUUUUCUCACUGCUCAUUCUCAUCUUUGUGUCGAGUGUCCUGGUCACUAUGAAGGUAUCAGGGGAACCGUCGCAUCCGUCUGCAUCUCUGGAGCCAAAUUCCCUACAGACCAGUCGUUGGAUGCCCUGUUCAUGUUGUUACCUGCUCAGAUGCAAGUUCAGGUUGCUGAAGUCUGGUGCCCUGCUGUGCCUACUGCAGACAUGCUGGUCCAUGACACCUGCCAUCUACCGUAGCUAUUGUCAUGUACCACGUGUGAUGCGACAGCUUUGCGUAGCACAGCUUUGCAGCUGGAUUGCGGUUAUGUCAUUCAUGCUGUUCUACACAGACUUUGUGGGAGAAGGGUUGUAUGAAGGUGUUCCCAAUGCUGCUCCAGGGACAACGCUGAGACAACAUUAUGAUGAAGGCAUUCGGAUGGGCAGUUUGGGCCUCUUUCUGCAAUGUGCUACCUCAACUUUCUUCUCCUUACUCAUGAGUCGUUUGGUGUGUCUCUUUGGCUCAAGGAUGGUCUACCUUAGCAGUAUGGUGUGCUUCACCAUCUCUGCUCUUGUCAUUUGCUUGUCCAAGAAUGUGGUCUUGGUUACUACCAUGUCUGCUCUGACAGGAUUUGCCUAUGCUACCCUGCAGACUCUUCCCUACACCCUCACUUGCCAGUAUCAUAAAGAUAAAGAGGUUUUCAUGCCAAAAGGAAAACUCAAAAACUUAAACAAGAAUGAUAUCACCAUCACCAAGGAAUCUGUGCAUUUGAAGAUUGAUGAUCAUGGUGAGGUCUUGAACCAUAAACCUGGCUCUGUCAAUGGGCACUCAUAUUUCAGCAGGGAUAUUUCAGAAUACUACACUCCACAGCACUACCAGAUUGGCUUUCCAUCUGAUUCCAUAGAGCAAGAUCAUGAUAAGCGUGGUGUUGGUCUGGAUUUUGCCAUUCUGGAUAGCACCUUUCUGUUGUCUCAAGUCUUUCCAACUCUCUUCAUGGGCAUGAUUGUGCAAUUUACAAAAUCUGUUACAGCUUACAUUGCCUGUUCUGCAAUUUUUGGUGCCAUUGCAAUUUGCCUGGCAAAUCAUGUCAUUUUUGACCAAAAAGACUUGUGAUGCUGCCUACCUAGGCAUAUCAGUACUAAUUACAUUUUUAAUGGUGUACAUUAUUAUGUGAGUGUGAGUUGCUAUCAAAAGUGUUCAGCUAAUUUCACCUUACAGACACUCUGUUGUUGUAGUUACAGUUGAUGAAGAUGUGAGUAAACAAUUGAAUACUC